AUGGGGCUGAGCAGCACCAAGAAGGUGUCAGGUGGGGAGACACCUCACCUGCAGGAUGAAUUGAGGCUUCUCACAUCACCACUGUUUCUACAGGAACUGGAGCUCUGCUAUCGAAGCCCUGGGAAACCCCAGCUCUUCACUGAGUUCUACGUUGGUCAUCUGGGGUCGGGGAUCCGGCUGCAGAUUAAAAGCAAAGAUGAUGAGACUGUGGUAUGGGAGGCCUUGGUGAAAUCAGGAGAUCUCAGUUCUGCAGCUCCCCUAAGAGAUGCCCCUACUUCGCUGCACUUUGUGGACCAGCAUCGGGAGGACCUGGUGGCUCGAGUGACAUUGGUAGAUGCAGUCCUAGACAAGCUGCAUGGACAGGUGCUGAGUGAGGAACAGUAUGAGAGUGUGCGGGCUGAGCCCACCAAUCCGGACAAGAUGAGGAUGCUGUUCAGCUUCAGCAAGUCCUGGGACAGGGCCUGCAAAGAGCAAAUGUACCAAGCCCUGAAGGAGACCCAUCCUCACCUAAUUUUUGAUCUCUGGGAGAAGUGACGCAGUGGAGGAGACCAGGGGAGCUACUGACCAGCUCGGCAGCUGAAGUCUGAACACCUGCUUAUGAGUCCUGGCUCUCACUGGCCAGGCUUUGGGUCUAGGUUUCUUCAAGUCUAAACACAUUGCCAUCCCCAGCCAGAGUGGCUCGGCUGGUUGAGUGUUGUCCUGUUCACUGAAGGGUUGCUGGUUCAAUUUCUGGUCAGAG